UUGAAUUUAUUUAGUCAGUGUUCCAAAAUCAAGCGUGGAUGCUGCGCGCGUCGGUCGCUCAGAACGCGCCAAUGGGAGCUCGUUACAUAAUUUAAAAAUCGAACACUUAUCAUUACGUUCGAUUAUUUAGUUCUGCUCCGUUCGUUCUGUGAUUAGUGUCGUGUUAUUUUUAAUUUUAUCUUGUAUUUUUGAAUGCCAUCCUGAGUGUGCCAUGGACAAGCCGACAUUGCACAUGCUGUCCGUCCAGGAGAAGGGCGGACAGACGAAGAAAGCUCCGCAGUACAUUGCCGCUGUUGCAGCGGCCAUCGGCGCGGUGAUCGCCGGCACCAUCCUCGCCUGGACCUCCCCAGCGCUGCCACAGCUUCAACCCCCCAACCCCAACAGCACCAAGUUACCGAACACCACCAUCAUCAAUGGCGUCGUUUACCCCGUGGUUGUAUCAGAACUGCCGCUCAUCUACAUCAAUAGAACCACUAAUCAGACUGUGAUGGUGAACUCCUUAUUCCAGCCUGCGGAUUUGCUAUUGGAAACGGCUCAAAGUUCCCUUGUAUCUUCCAUCCUGGCCAUCGGCGCCGCCAUUUCCGCGCUACCAGUAGGCGUGUUAGCUGAGAAGGUCGGACGUCGGCCCACCAUCCUAAUACUAUCUGUGCCGUUCCUGCUCAACUGGCUGCUGACUAUCUUCGCUAAUGGUGCUGGAAUGCUGAUCGCUGCUAGGUUCUUCGCUGGUUUGGCCACUGGUGGCAUUUGCGUGGCCGCGCCCAUGUACAUCGGCGAGAUUGCCGAGACAUCCAUCCGAGGAGCUCUGGGGGCUUUCUUCCAACUUUUCCUAACUGUUGGCAUCCUGUUCACCUUCAUCGUCGGCGGCUGGACGCAUUGGAGAACUCUGUCCAUCAUCUCUGCUGUGCUGCCUCCUCUACUAGUAGCUGUGUUUUGGUGGAUGCCAGAAACUCCUCAAUACCUGUUGAAGAAGAACCGACGACGCGAUGCGGAGCGCGCGUUGCAGUGGCUGCGAGGACCCAACGCCGAUCUGACUGCCGAGCUUGAGGAUAUGCAGAAAGAUGUAGACCAAGCCUCCCGUCAACGCGCCGGCAUGCUCACCAUGGUGACCAACCGCACCUCUCGCAUGGCCCUCAUCUGUUCGCUCGGCCUCAUGUUCUUCCAGCAGUUCAGCGGCAUCAACGCCGUUAUCUUCUACACCAACCAAAUCUUCACCGCCGCCGGCUCCAAUAUUGACCCUGUCAUCGCAACAAUCAUCGUUGGCGUCGUCCAAACCUUGGCCACUUACGUCAGCUCUUUGCUUAUCGAGAAGGCUGGUAGAAGGAUUUUACUCCUCCAAAGCUGCGUUAUCAUGGGUCUUUGCUUGAUUAUUUUAGGUAUCUUCUUCAAGUUACAACAGGAAAAAUAUGAUGUUACUGCUUUUGGAUGGGUCCCGUUGCUCUGUCUCGUUCUUUUCAUUGUUUCUUUCUCGUUAGGCUUCGGUCCAAUUCCUUGGAUGAUGAUGGCGGAAUUGUUUGCUGUUGAAUUCCGGGGUACCGCUUCUGGUAUUGCCGUUAUUUUCAACUGGUGUUUGGUGUUUAUUGUAACUCUUUGCUUCCCGAUUAUGAUGGAGAUCAUUGGUAUCUACAGUUGCUUCUGGUUCUUUGCAGCUUUCAUGGUGAUUUGUGUGUUCUUCGUUUUCUUCUUAAUUCCGGAGACUAAAGGAAAGACUGUGUCGCAGAUUCAAGCUAUUUUGGGCGGUAGAAAAUAAUUUUUAAAUAUUGCUGGCAGUAUUUAUACAGAUUUCGCGGUGUAAGAAUAAAAGGUCGCAAAAUGCGUGGAAGGAUUUGGAAUUACUUAUUAAAUUCAAAUCAGUCAUUCAACAUUUUAUUCUUAAAUCUCGCAGUUUAUUUAUAAUAAUAAAAAUGUGUUCUUUACAAAACAUUUCGAGUAGGUAGCGGUCCUACUGAUGAGAAUUAUAGUUUGAAUUAAUUUAUUUUUAUUAGAUUUUAGAUACCAGACUGUUUGUAAAUUGAAUCGAAUCUGUGUACAUUAUACAUUGUUGAUGAUUAUUUAAAAAUCACAUUUUCAAGUAUUAGGUAACGUAAGCACUAUUAUGACCAGGGCCCGUACCUUUCAUGCCGUUGACAGAAAAAUGACGUCACGCUACAUAGAGUAUGAUUCCAAUUACUAUUUUCGUAAUAAUUAAUCAUUUAUCAACCUCUUUAGGUAAGUUAUACAUAUACUUGACAAUCAGUACAGAAACUUCUAACUCACAUUCAUAUUAUUGUCACUCAAAUAAAUAAUACAGAUUUUUUAUUUUUAACAGCGUAACAAGCUUUUAUUCUCGUAACAAGUAUUUAUUUUGAUACCUGUCAAUAAGUAACUUAUCUUUUGUAGUAUUGUAAAACAACUCCCUGUAUGUUAAAUUACGUCACUUUUGCGUCAACGGCAUGAAAAGUACGGGCCUUGAUUAUGACAGUCAAACUUUCUUAUUAGUUAAAAAUUAAACAUUUCGUAAUGUGCACUUAUUGUUCGAUGAUUUGCUGUUUGAAAUGUUAGUUAGGGCAUACGAUCAAAUGAAGAUUAUUUAUAGUAUUACCAGGUAGUAUAUGCAUUUUCAUCUAUCUCUUCACUAAUCGUUUUACCACCAACCAUUUUUGGUUAAGCGGGCUGCUGUAAUUAUAGAAAAAUGCACUGCUUUGAUCGAGAUUCUACGUCCCGACUUUAAGAACACCGGUUCUAAAUCCUCGUCCGCUGCGGAUCUAUUAAAAAAAGUAAGUAAAAGAAUGAGUGCAGAUCUUUUCUUUUUGUUUGUAUUCAUUUUCUUGUAACGCCAACAGCAUUUCUACCUUCCCUGUUUCUCAGUCAAGUUUAUCAUCUGACACUGGCAAUUCAGCAUUAAUUUCUAUAUCAACAAGCAACUCUAGUCCAGUCUGAAUCAACAUUAACACUGAGUCGAAAACAGCAACGAGCGACGGCCAUAGGUUUGAGCGAGACACAGCGAUCUGACCUUUUCCCUCCCACCUAUGGCCGCCGCUCGCCGCCGCCGCCCUGCAGUCAUGGCCGGGCCGUCUCCUUGAGCCGCGUAUCGACUGCGCGCGGCAAACCAUCGAACAUUGGCUCGCGCGGCGGCCGCGCAAUAUGGGGACGGCUCCGCCGCGCGCGGCAGCUCGAACAUUGGCGCGCUCGAACGUGCCGCGCGGCGAACCAGUUGGUGUCGGUUUUUGGUGGCGCGAGUGUGUUGUGCGCGCGCAAUUGGGACAGAGACGCGCGGCAAGAUGGAUAACGAGAAGUGUCGGCAUUCACGGAUCGCCUGCCGCGCGCGGCCGCCGCGCUAUAUGAAAAUGUGCGCUUAAAAUUGGCUCGCGCACCAAAAUGCAGGUUUGCCGCGGUCGAAGAUGGCUCGCGCGGCAGCCGCGCGCAGUCGAUACGCGGCUUUGAACAUGAGCUGCUGCUCCGUUGGGCGUUUGAAAAACAGUACCCACUGAAAUACGUAUUUAUAUUUGGACACUUUAUUAGUUAUCGGUUUAUAUUUGAAGCUGACAGGGUAGCGACUCUCCUUAUAUAUAGCUAUGUGCUAACAGGAAAAAAUCUGCAAUUUUCGGUGACAAAUGAUACUUACCUAGGUGAAAUACGGGCCCACCUUUAGCAUAAUUAUAUACGAGUAUUUUUACGUGUUGUGUUGUGGUUACGGAUGAAUGAGGGUAGUUUAGAAGACUGGGAGAUUUUAUAUUGUUGAGCAAUUGCUUAUUAUAGGCUUAGACAUUAGGUUACAGCACGAUGAACACAGCCUAAAGGUUAUAUUCGGAUUCAGAAUGCACCAGCAUUAUUGCUCUAGUGUUGCUGUGCAGCUUUGCUGCAAGAAAUGACAAAAACAAUGUGAUGCUUGGAUUGCUAUUUCAUGUAGAAAUGCUGCACACCAAAACUGUGCAAUGUAGGUCCGGUACAAUUUGAAUCGAACCUUUAGAUUUUACGUAUAAAAGAUCAAUUUUAUUCAAUGACCCAAUGUACUUAUUUUAUUCUGUAGUUAUUUAUGAUGUGCCAAAUGUGUUGAGCUUUAGGUAGUUUUAUAUAAGUUUGUGUAUAAUAUGUAAAAUAAUAAUGUAAUUAACUUGAUGUUAAUUUUGUUAAUAAUACGUAAUAAAUUGCAAUUUUAUAUUAGAA